AUGUCCGCCAUUCCCUCCAGAACGAAAUCGCUACGCCACGCUGGGGCUGGAAUAUCCCAGGGAGACCGCUCGAAUGUAGCUUUAGACCCAGAAGGGGCAGUGCGUGGCAGUCAAUCCCCGAGUCGAUUGCCCGUAAAACCGCCAGCGACUCGCACAACUAGGAGUACAUCAACAUCAGCAGCAGGGCGCCCUCCCAGCGCAACGGGUAGCAUUUCUAGCUAUGCUUCCACCAUGCGGCCACCUCCGGGCCCCCCUCGAGCCGGCACAAGCAAGCCUGCAACUACUGGCGGAUUACAGAGGUCGACUUCGAAUCGUCGCUCAAACCCCCCACCAGUAACAGCAGAAUCAGAGCCGGCGAAGAAAGACCGGUCACGGCCUCCGAUAGUCUCUCGUCGUCUCCACAAUUAUUCGACCAGUUCAUUCCCUACCUCGACGACAAAUCCACCAAGCCAUACCCGAACGCGAUCCUCGUCUACCCUCUCGAGUCUCUCCACCGCCCCCCCGCCAUCAAAACGAAACUCAGUCGAGAUACCUAGGCUCCAGCCCUCGUCAAAACGGAGCUCAGUCGAGAUACCCAGACUGCUGCCCUCGUCAAAACGGAGCUCGGUCGAGGUACCCAGACUACCGCCUCUAAAUUCCGAUGCCCAGCUGAAGAAACAGACCUUUUCAACUUACCAGCAACAUUUCUCUCCUGCCAAAAAUCUUGGCCCCAAACCCUUGACAGCGGCUUACCUUGCUCCUCCCUCACCCAGCAAGCUUCCUUCGAACAUUGCGAUAUCGGCAGAAACUGCCAGAUUACAGAAUGAGUUGUUACAACUGCAUUUGCUACACAGACAUGCUGGACAGGUAGAGAAGGAAUGGAAGACCAGCGCGAAGCUAAAGCUAGAAGCCCGUUUCCACUCCAUCGUUGAUAUGAACGAGAAACUACUGCAGGUGGAAAUCGAAGAGACUGGAAAGAUCAAUGCUUUGGCCAUAAAGUCGUGGCAGGAUUUGGGAGCACCUGGAUGGGGGUUAGAAGGGAAGAUUCAGGCUCUGGAUGAAGUAGUUACAGGGGUUUGGAAUCUAGGCGAGUCUGGUGGGAAGUAUUCACGGAUUGUGAGGAAAUUUGAGAAGUGGCUCAGGAGGUGUCAAGAUAUUAUGGAGGCUCGGGCACAUGGCGAGGGUCUCGACGGGGCCGAGGUUGUGUUCUUGGAUGAGCUCGAUAAGGCGUGGAAGGACGAUUGCUUAGCCAUUGGAAGAAAACUGGAAGCAUGGAAGAAUCGCUUGAGAGAGUUGGGGACGCCCGACCGUGGUUCAAGCUUGAGUGUGGUAGUGGCUGGGUGCCGAAGUCUUGUGGGAGGCAUGCUGGCUGAGUUAAGCACUAUGGCACAGAUUGAACGGGACGCUAUGAGGAUGGAGGUGGAAUGGAUAACGAGUAUUAAUAACGAAAUGAUGGACGAUAAGGAUGAUACCCCUGUGGCAGGGGCAAUAUGGAGGUCUCGAUAG